AUGCCGGCGUCUGUGCACAGCGACGACAGCGAGAGUCGCAGGAAGGCUGCCCAGCACAGCGACGGCGAUGGCGGUGAUCGCAUCAUCGACGGACUCCGCUUCCCGCGCCCGGAGCGCCAGAUUGAUCAGUUUGGGUUUGAGCUGACUACCCACAGUUUGCACUUCCACGGCCGUGAUUGGGAUAUCCCGCUGACGCAGAAGCGCGAUGAGCUGACGAAGGCCUUCAUGCAGGAUGCCGCGGAGGCCACAAAUGAGCCAGAGGAGAACAUCCGCAACCUUCGUUUCAUUGUUACGCCGACACACCUCGACGCGAAGUUCACGGUGCGCCACAAGGUCCACGUGUCGAAGUACAGGGUGCAGAAGAUGCUCUCUUCCGCCAAGUGGACGCUUGUGAAGGCGCUGUAUGAGCCUCGGCAGAAGAUGCAGCGGCCGAGUAAGCCAGUCAAGGCCUGCGCUGGCCACAGCGGAGCCCAGGACGACCAGCCGAUGCUUGGCUCGAACCGAAGGACACCUUCGCACAACCUUAGCUUCUUUGGUCGGGCCAACGUCGGCGCCGAGGGCCCUGAGUUCGAGGACCACGCCGACGACGGUGAAGAGCCCGUCUCGUACGAGCAUCAGGUGAAUGCGAGGACGCAGCGCACGACAAGUGGGCUCUUCAUCUCUGUUGGCUUUGCGGCAUAG